UUUACUCCCGAAGAGAAGAUCACGAGAAGAUCACGUACGUCCGUUUCAUAGAAAUGAAGUUUUCUUUUCUUUGCUCAUCAAAGUGCUUCUUCUCUUCAUCAGCAAUCAACGAUGAAGAAGCCUUCCGAGGUGUACAAAUUCUUCAAAAUGUGAAUGCAUUUUCAUACAAUGAGCUCAAAUCAGCCACUAAUGGCUUCCGUUCAUCCAAUAAGAUCGGUGAAGGCGGAUUUGGAUCCGUUUACAAAGGAAGACUUCAAGAUGGUAGAAUAGUAGCUGUUAAAGUUCUUUCGGCUGAUUCAAAACAAGGAGACAAGGAGUUCAUGACUGAAAUUGCAUCGUUGUCCAAUAUUAGCCAUGAAAAUCUUGUUAAGCUCCACGGCGGUUGCGUUGACGGUCCAUUUCGAAUUCUUGUCUAUGAAUACAUGAAAAAUAACAACCUCUCUCGUCUUAUGCUAGGCCUACUUGGUUGGGAAGCAAGGAGGAAAAUUUGUUUAGGAAUUGCUCGUGGUCUUGUCUAUAUUCACGAGGAGGUCCAACCACACAUUGUGCAUCGAGAUAUUAAAGCUAGCAAUAUAGUUUUGGAUGAGAAUUUUAAUCCCAAAAUUUCAGAUUUUGGCCUCUCUAAGUUGUUUCCCGACAAUAUCUCUCACAUCACUACUAAAGUUGCCGGGACACUAGGCUAUCUUUCUCCUGAGUAUGCCAUUAGCGGGCGCCUAACCCGAAAAUCAGAUGUGUAUAGUUUCGGAGUUCUGCUUUUGGAAAUAGUGAGUGGAAGAUCAGCUGUUGAUUUCGACCUACAACUAGGAGAACACUACCUUGUUGAGAAGGCAUGGGAAAUGUACAAAAGUGACAAGCUUAUAGAUCUAGUAGACAGUAACAUUACUAAUACCAUUUAUAGCGCAAACUUCUCGUCAGAUCUAGAUGGCGAAGAAGAAAAAGAUCACCAAGAUCAAGAAGAAGACCAAGAAGAAGAAGAAGAAGAAGAAGCAGUUCAUUUCCUAAAAGUUGGUCUUCUCUGCGUGCAAGAGAAUUCUAGGCUCCGGCCCACUAUGUCAAUGGCCAUAAGAAUGAUGAAAAACGACAUCAAAAUUGAUGAUGUGCAAAUCACUGGACCAGGGCUUAUAAACAAUAUAAUGGACGUUAAAAUUGGCAAAAGACCAACUUCCAUGCAAGUAGGCACUUCAUGCAUGCAAAGCCCACAAUCUAAUAAUUACCAUUUCCGAUGAUCCACUACAUCAUAAAUCGUAACUUCUUUGUGGUGAACUAGUUGUCAAAAUCUUUCCUUUCUUUCUUUCUUUUUUUUCCCCCCCUUUUAAUUUACUAGAAAAGAAAACAGUUAUGCUUCUAAUUAUUACUUAGAUACAGAUUAUCAAUUAACGG